UGGAAUCUGUGGCCGGCGCUGCCGCUGGCGCCGUACGGGCGGCGCAAGACGAUCCGGAGGGAGGCGGUCGCAGGCCGCGUCUGGACGUUUGAGCAGAUGUUGGGCGUGUUUUACGUGCACGUGCCCAUCCGCAUGACGGUGGUGCGGAUGGACUCGGGCGGCCUCUUCGUGUACGCCCCCGUCGCGCCGACCGAGGAGUGCCUCGCCCUCCUCCAGCCGCUCAUCGCCGCGCACGGUCCCAUCCGGUACAUCAUUCUCCCUUCCGUCGCGCCCGAGCACAAGGUGCUCGCGGGGCCGUUCGCGCGCCGCUUCCCCGAUGCCGAGCUCUUCGCCACCGACAAGCAGUAUGCCUUCCCUCUCAACCUCCCCGCCGUCUACCUCGGCUUCCCGAGAGCCUUCGAGUUCGAGGUGCCGUCUCCAGAGGCGAGGCGCGUGUUCCGGACACGUCCACGACCCGUCCGAGCCAUGCCCCAACAGGUGCUCACCGCCAAGGCGAGCCGCGAGAGCGUCUACCAGGAGGCCGCCUUCCUCCACAAGCCCUCGCGCACCCUCCUCCUCUGCGACGCGGUCAUCAGCACUUCUGCCGAGCCGCCUCCCAUCCUGCUGAGCGAGCCCGAGUACCGGCGCGCGCUGCUCUACCACGCGCGAGACGACCCGCUCGAGAAGGUGGAGGAGUCGCCCGCCGUGCUGCGCAAGGGCUGGGAGCGGAUCGCCCUCUUCGCAAACUUCUUCAUGCCCGGCUCGCUCGUGACGCUCGAGACGGGCGCCUGGCUCUCGGCCGCGCCGCGCACGCCGAUGCCCGAGCUGGGGUGGGGGGGCGUGCUGCCCUUCAGCUGGAAGGCGUCGACUUCGAAGGCCUUCGACGCCUUCUCGGCGGGCGGCCGUCCCGCCGUCGCGCCAAUCAUUCAGAUCAUCCUCUCGCGCGCGCCCGAGCAGGCGAGCGCGCGGAGACGCGAGGGCGCGUGGGUGCAGCGCGUUGCGAGCUGGGACUUUGUCUCGGUCGUGCCCGCGCACUUUGACGCGCCGCUCGCCGUCGGGCCAAAGGAGUUUGCGAGCACUUUCGACUUUCUCGCAAAG